AUGGCGUCACCGGCCUCUGCUGCUCGCGAUAUUCCCACGGCCUCCUUGAGCCGAGACAACUUAGCUGCCCAACUACAGAAGGCGAAGCUCGAGCCCAUCGACUCCGACCUCGAUCUCCAGGACGACCAGUCCGGGAACGAAGGUUCCAGCGCGGGCGGCUUCGAGUCCGCAGGCGCCAUCACCAGCACCAUGCUGACCAGGUACCACCUGCCUGAGAUCCUGCUCAACCAUGGGCCCUUGGCCAUCCGCCACAUCAUGGGCUACCUCACCACAUCAGCGAAGCUCACCCCCAACAGCCGCGACUCUUCUGUCGCACCCGGUAUCCCCAUCGCCAAGAGGGCGAUGCGGACCGCCGAUCGGGCGCGCGCCAACGCGUCGUCAAGCAUCGGCGACUCGGUCGUCUUUUCGCACGACGACCGCGAUAUCUACAUGGCGGAAAACGAGGCCGACAAUAUGUCACUGGAUGACGCAGCCUCGGCCUCGUGCUCCGAAGCACCUGAGGAUGAUGACAUGGUCAUGAGGGAUGACCCUGAAGAUGUAACCGACGACGAGGAUUGGGCUGCCAUCGGCGCAGCCGCCCUCCGCGCAGGUUCCUACCAGAACCAGGCAGCCGCCGUGGCCGACCGCAACUACCUCUCACCCUCUGUAUAUAACGGCGGUGGAAUGCGCUCCUUCUCGGCCUCGGCCGGAAUGGCGCGUUCGCUCCAGCCCGCAAACAUCGACUUUUCCGCGUUCGGAUCCACCUCGGACGCGCAGGAGCGUGAGGCCGUCGAAGCCUUGCUCCAACUCCGUUCUGUAUAA